GUUCAGCCAACUCUUUCACUAUUGACUGGAUCAAGUUUGAUGACACAUUCUCUAUUUGUCUGAAUUUUACCAAGCUGACUGAGGGUGUCAGUGGAGCUAGCCAGGGUGUCAGUGGAGCUAGCCAGGGUGUCAGUGGAGCUAGUCAGGGUGUCAGUGGAGCUAGCCAAGGUGUCAGUGGAGCUAGUCAGGGUGUCAGUGGAGCUAGUCAGGGUGUCAGUGGAGCUAGUCAGGGUGUCAGUGGAGCUAGCCAGGGUGUCAGUGGAGCUAGCCAAGGUGUCAGUGGAGCUAGCCAAGGUGUCAGUGGAGCUAGCCAAGGUGUCAGUGGAGCUAGUCAGGGUGUCAGUGGAGCUAGUCAGGGUGUCAGUGGAGCUAGUCAGGGUGUCAGUGGAGCUAGCCAAGGUGUCAGUGGAGCUAGCCAAGGUGUCAGCAGCCAGCAGGAGCCUGAGUACAACCUGAGUCCCAUCACGCUGGAGUAUGUCAAACAAAACUCCCUGCUGCUGGCCACGCUGGUCAGUCUGGUGUGCUCUGACCAGUUGGACAACAUUGAGCAGCACUUGACAGAUGACCACUUCAGCAGCUCAGACCUGCUGCGGCCCCACAGGUCCAGCUCAGACAUGAGCCUGGUGGACAUGCGCAGCUACCGCUACCACAGGCUCACCUCGGACUACCCGCUGCUGCAGCGCCACCUCUUGCACUGCAUCCUGCCCCUGGCGGCAUGCGAUAACCCCCAGCUUGUGGACAGUAGUGAGCCCAUCCUCAAGUUUGUCACAAAUGACAUCAAUGACCAGGUGAAGCUGUGCAUGUUCAGCCUACCAGACAGCCUCCAGUUUGUGCGAGUGAUUCAGGCCACGGCCAACAGGCUGGUGCUGGAGCACAAGUGGCAGGAGCUGUUCACCAUCCUCUCCUGCCUGCCCCGCUCUCUUGUACAGGGACACAGGCAGCUGCAGACACUGCACGACUACGUGCUUGCCAGUUGGGCUGUCAGCCAGCUGCUACAGCCAGUGCCAGCUGCUGAUGUUGGAGACCAGCUGAGACAGUUCUCCCAUCCCAGCUGUCAAGCGCGGACUGUCCUGAGCCUGAUUGACCAGCUGCCUCUAGACCAGAGCCUGGACCUGCUGGAGCUUCUCCUCACCUGCGUGCCUGCUGGCGGCCACAUGUGGCACACUGUGGCCGGCAGACUCCAACAACUGGCCAUUUUGAAUAAGAUUGAAAGGACCUUGAAGAAGCUGGAGCCAGCUGUAGUGUGCAGGUUCAGCAAGUGGCAAGAGAUCGAGAGAGCCAGCAAGAACCAGCCCCACGACAUCCUCCACCUGCUGGAGCAGGCUGCGGACUUUGACACAGCUCUGGCAUGGGCUCGUCUCUUUGCUGCAGACCUAGUCCAUAUUGUCCAAGAAAGACACUUGAAGUGUGUCCUGACAUGUGAGCCAUCUGACACAGUGACGGCCUUUCAGCUGCUGGAUGACCUGCUGACCCACUCCCCCACUCAGUGUCUUGCUGUCUGCCAAACUGUGCUCACCUCACUGACCAAGCCUAAGGAAAUCAAGUUUGUUGUCAGCUUCAUCUUGUCUUAUUUGUCCCAGCUCCUUCCCACCAGUGAAGAUCUCAGACUGCAACAGAUAGGGGCCAAGGCUCUAAUGGCCAUCCCCCCAAGAAUUGUCCCUGACUACAUGCACCUCAUCUCUUGUCCACACCUGAUACUGGAGCAGUUGCUGAUGAACAUGAAGGCUGAACUAGCUGGCCAAAUCUUUGACCAGAUCAAAUGUGAGCUGUUGCAGGUCAAAGAUGAAGUCAAGCGAGUCAGACAAGAAGAUUUCAACCUCAUGCUGGCCACGUAUGCCAGACUUGCUCUACAGGUCAAGGUUGUUCAGGUCAAUGAAAAAUGUGACAGUGAAAGUGGCCAAUCUGGCAACUCAGCAGGAGGCACAAGAAGAAAUUCUGUUCUGGAAAGAAAUGAAAUGUGUGCCUCCCCCACUGCCAGUCUCCACCAAGAGUGCAACAAAUCCCUAUCCAACCAGUUUAUUGUUCCACCUAAUCCACCUCACCCUGACCAGUGGAUGGCGGAUUCUUCCACUUCAGUUUGUAUGGCUUGUAAAGUGGAGCGCUUCAGUAUGUUUAAUCGAAGACAUCAUUGUCGACGCUGUGGUCGCGUGGUUUGCGGCACCUGUUCCACACGACUGACGCUUGUAUUUGACGUCAUGUCACGCACGUGUGAUCAGUGUGUGGAGCAGACAAACCUUGUCAGUGAAGAGUGUGAGGUGUACAGCCAGAUGACAGACCCUCCCCCCAACCAGCUGAGUCCAGCUGUUAACCAGCUGCAGCUGUGCUGGAAGCUGGAGCCAGAUCCAGUCUACUGCCAGCUGGUGCGCAAGGAUUUUUACUUCGAACAGGCCCCCAGUGUUACCUUGUGUGUCUCCAUACUGAAGCAGCACAGCUCAAGGCUGGAGGCUGGGAUGACCAUCAUUGAAAUGUGUGACCAGCUCUCCCAGCUCAUGGUGCCUGUCUCCCCUGGCGUGCCCAACCCAGAGAUUGAUUACAAUCUGAUCAUCAGUGUAAUGAAGCAGCUGCUGUUCCAUGCAAAGUUAGAUUUCAAUUACAACAUUGGCCAGUGCGACAUGUAUCUGGCUCGGCUAGACCUGCUCAAGACUAUGGUGGAGGCUAACUAUCAAGAUCUACCAACUCUGAGGGAGCUGACCAAGCAAGACACUGUCAGGAGGUUACGAGAUAAACUUCUAGCAGAUGAACGUCUGGCACUGGCUAUGGAUGUCUCCACAAAAUGUGGGAUAGACCCCACAGGGGUCUGGUCAGCAAUGGGCUUCGCUUGUUUAAGUCUGGGAGAUUUCCAGGGAGCUCGGGAGAAAUUUGGUCACUGCCUGAAGGUGCUGACUGACAGAAAUAAGAGCUCCCCCAGCCAAAGCAGGUUGUUGACUGAGAUACUGGAGCUAGUGGAUACCCUGCCCAGUGAUGGCAUUACUGAGGUCCAGAGACUGGUGAGCAACCCUGGCAGUAUCUGCCACACCCACACUCUUCUGGUCCCUGGUAAAGGAGAUGAGAACAGAGCCGAGUCCGUCCCUUACAAGGAAUGCCUUUAUUACUUGAGAACUUAUGGGAGCUAUCUAGACCAGAUCAGCUUCCUGCGACAACACAACUAUUGGAUGAAAGCUGCCCAGCUUGCUGCUGAUCAUCACUGUUCGCCUGAAGUUUUCCUGACUGGACUUCUGAUGCCAGCCAUGUGCUCAGGGCAGCUAGGCAGACUGCUGGAGCAGAUGUUGAUGUUGGACCCAAGUCUGGACAAGUGGUCUCCCUACCUGACAGCCACAUGCAAAUAUCUCUUGAAAGAAAAAUACUUUUCUACCCUCUACCAUGUCCAGCUUUUUAUGAAGGACUACAUUAGAGCUGCCAUGACGUGUAUCAGUCACUUCUACCAGAGGGACGCCAGGAGUUACCUGGACCUCAGUGAACGGCUGCAAUUUCUUCUGGUGGCCCAGCAACAUCUGCAGGCCUACCUGGAUCCAGGGCAGUGGGGCAGUGUGCCACACCCUUUGACCCCUGUGACCCCACCUGCAUCCAAGCGAGACAAAGCACCACCUGAAGCAGCCCGGAUGACCUUGACCCCAGAACAAGUCAAUAA